CACCGUGACCUCAUACGUCACUACCGCGGGAAAACACGUUUGCGCUGCUCAUUUUUGAGAGACGUGUUGGUUUUCUUUUUAAGGCUAAAAGAGCUUACAGAUGGCCACUUCUUCUGUGUCGAAAGGCUGCUUUGUGUUUAAGCCAAGUUCUAAGAAGAGGAGGAGGACUCUAUCAAUAGAGGACUACUUUCAAAAUGACAACAUUGACCCGGAGACCAGCACACUGCGGUUCCAGACCUGUCAGUCGCUAUGGGAACAAAUGAAGACGGAGGUUGAGGUAUUUCAGGAAGAACUCAAUAAGAAAAUACUGGACCGCCUGCUGGAGUUCGCCCGGAAGACCACUGCCACCUCCCGGUCGACUGCGGACGACUGGGCGUCCCGAAUGAGGUCCAGCGAGAUCCCCACUGCGGCUCUGGUGCUAGGGGUCAACGUGCCUGACCACGACGUGACCCUUCGGCGCUUGUCUGAGCUUCUGCAGCAGUCUGCGACGCCCUUUGUGGUCUCCCUGCAGUCGAAGGAGUGUUCUGCCCUCAAGCAGAUGGUCCAGAAGGUGCUCCUGCAGCUGAUGGGCUGCACUGUCUCUCUGGAUGAGGAAGAGGAGGAGCAGCCGGCUCUGUCCGAGGCCGCGGACCUGCCCAGGAAACGGGCGCACUGCUCCCUGGCCACACUUUGCGACUGGUACCAGGCUGUCCAGAAGAAAGCUGCUGUGCCUUCUCCGUGUAAGAGCCGCGGUUCUCCUGGUGACGGUGUCGGACAGAGCCCGCCCGUUGUGGUGAUUUUUAAGGACUUCGAAGGCUUCAACCCCAGAGUGCUGCAAGACUUCAUCAUCAUUUGCAGCCAGUACAUCCAGAAGCUGCCCCUCACUUUCGUCUUUGGGAUUGCUACCUCCCCCAUCACCAUCCACCACGUGCUGCCCCACUCCGUGUCCUCCCUGCUGUGUAUCGAGCUCUUCCAGUCUGUGCCCUGCACCGAGCACCUGGCCAUGGUCAUCGACAAGCUUGUUUUGACCACUCAGUUCCCUCUCAAGCUGAGUGGCAAGGUGCUGCGUGUUCUCAUUGGUAUUUUUCUGUACCAUGACUUCUCAGUGAGGAACUUCAUCAAAGGCCUGCAGCUGGCCCUGCUGGAGCACUUCUACAACUCGCCCCUGAGUGUGCUGUGCUGCAAGAAAAGAGAAGCCCUGUCUCGAGCCCAGCAGCUCAGCCACGAGAACUGUGAGGGAGUGCGGCGGCUGCCGUCUUUCAUGAGGUACAUUGAAAAUCAGGAACCUCAAGAGCAGAUUGAGUUGUUAACAAAUGAUCAGCACUUGAAGGAUGUGUGUCAAAGACUGCUUCGAGAUCUUCACACUUACCACAAGCAGUACUACCCUGUCCUCAGGUGCCUGCACACCCUGACUGCCACCCUUCCAAAGCACCCCUUGGGUAAACAGAUCCGAGAGCUGCAUGUCACUUGUCUGGAGAGGAACGUUUGGGAAUGUGAAGAGUAUGCUUCCGCUCUCCAGCUGCUGAGUGGGCAGCUGGAUGGGACGCACCCCCCUGAAGACCGCUCUGCUGAGGGAGAGUGCACAGAGGAAGGAGAAGACGCUUCCCCGCGCCCCCGUCUGCAGAAGAAGACGGACCUGUUCCACCUGCAGAAGACUUUGCUGGAGAUGAAAGAAUCCAGGAGGACGAAAAAACUUAGCCGGUUUGAAGUUCUCCGAAACGAAGCCCUCGACUUUAUAGAAACACUUGUCAAGUACGUGCUUUUUAAAUUUGCUUUACAAACAUCAGUGUGUGUUGACAUUCACCUUGGAAGGAAAGACGGCUCACCAGUUGUAAAAACACCGAUUUUGCAGAACGACGCGCUGAAGAGUGAAGAAGGGGCCAUUUCUAACGCAGCUCCAGACAUCUGCAUUGUGUAUAAACUCCACCUGGAGUGCGGGAGACUCAUCAACCUGUACGACUGGCUGGAGGCGUACAGAACAGUUGUCGCAGCAGCUGAAGGCAAAGACCGUGAUGGCACUGAGGCUGGGACAUUUGACGAAGAAAAGCAUGCUCGCUUCAUCCGGGCGGUGUCGGAGCUGGAGUUCCUCGGCUUUGUGAAAAACACGAAGCAGAAGACGGACCACGUGGCACGACUGACCUGGGGGGGCUGCUAGGCCGCUGUAGCCCCACGCCCCCCUUCGGUACUGGAUGUAAUAAACCCAGACGUUUUCUCCCCACACACUCAGAAAAGACUUCGUCACGGGCAGGAUGCCGUGCUAUUCGGUUUUUUUUUUAAAUUAAAAUGAUGAAAAUAAUUCCGUUGAAAUAACCUGCCUACUUUUCUACUCAUAUUAAACCAGAAAAAAUCGCC